AUGACCAUGAUUGCGCCCCUUUUCAACGGAAUUAGUCGAGUUAUUUUGUCCCACAGGGCUCCCUCCCUCUUUCAGAUUUCAUUUUCUUCUUUCCUUUUGACUCAUACCAAGAACGCUUCGACGUACUCGAACACAAAGCUUUGUGUUUCUUGUCCACGAUUCCCACCAGCUCGAUCGUACCACUCUGCUACCUGCCUAGCUCUAGCCACUACACCUACCGCAGCUCCAUUUCUACAAACACUACGAUCUACCUCCUGCGCGUCAAGAUUUCCCCGACAGAAGCGAUUCUUCUCCCGCACUGCCGCCGUCAAGAUGUCGGACGAGGAUUACCUCGCCUUUUUGAACAAGGCCAACGCUUCUUCGUCUACUACCACCCAAGCCGCGAGUAUUAGUGAUAAACAGCACUUUAAACUUGUCGACCCCGGUGUGGAGGUUCCGGAGAAGCUGAAACAGGCGGUUGAAGGAAGGGUUUUUACGGCUGCGUCGUCGGAGGCGGAAAGCCCGUGUGAGGUUGUGGCGUUGAGGUUGGAGGGUGAUGGGGGCUUGCCGGAUGAGGAGGAGUUUGCGAGGAUGAUUGGGCAUACUGAUCCCAAGGGGGCAAAGGUGGAGAUCAAAGAUCCGGUGGAUUGG